UUUCAACAAACUGAACUUGAGUAUUAAGCGGAGCUUUGAUAGUCGCAACUUUAUCUUUUACUCAAAUAAUUUGAUGUUUACAUAUUCAUAUCAGGCCCAAUAUGUAAAACCCGAAUUUGUCGCGUUUCAUCACCUGUUCCGCUAAUUAGUAUCCAAUUUUAAGUUUCAGCUUGUAGUGGUGAUCGUCAUGUGGUAAACUAGGUGUGUGUUACUUGCCGAUAUCCGUUCCACAGGGCCUGAUUGAACUGCAAAAAUGAAAGCUGUACUUCUGGCUUUGGCCUUUAUUGGCACUUGGUGCGUUUCCAAAGGCCAAAAUGAUCUGACCAUAUCCACUGACUUCUUGACCCGCGUGAAUUUCGACAUUUCCGAAGCCCGAAUUCCCAACUAUCUAGUGGGAGUCAUCUACGAGCGUCCCGUGCAGAAAGGUCUGUCUUCUGAAGCGAUUUUAAGCCUCUACCGGGCCAAUCAGACGUCGCUUAACACUACUCAGACCAUUCUGAGCCAGUUGAACAUCACCCAAACUCGGAUGUUCAGUAUCAAUGGGCUUAACUAUACUUUGGAGCUGUUCAACUGGACCUUUUCGCAAUUCUACACUACUCUUACUGCAAAUUUGAAUUUGACCGGCCAAGUAGCCCUAAGGAAUGCCCUGAUUGCCCUGCAAAUUGAUGCAGACGCAUUUUCAAGCGGUCUGAACUUUGGUCAGCCUGAUCCUUGGACGGUGUUUAUCCAGGGCAACUUUACCUUGGAAAACCUGCAGGCAGCCUGCAACGCAGCUAAUAUUACUCUGGAAGUUCUUUGGGAGCAGAUCAGGAAUUUGUUCCUGGAAAGUGCCAGCAGGUAUGAAGUGCUCGAUUUUGUCCAGCUGCUGAUCAACCACGGCAUUGGACAGUCGCAAGCCUUGAUUAUUUGGAACGUCGUUCCUGUUACUGUAGACCACGUCUACAGUUUGCCUGUAUUCAAUCAAGUUAUCACGAACUUCAGCACGCGAGUGAACAGCCAGACAGCAUUGGGAGUGUUGAUUAGUCCCCAAGAAGUGGUUAUUCACAGAGAAAUUCAUGACAUUUUCAUCGACGAUAGAGAACUGUUGGACAUUUGGGCAAAUACUCUCGUGACGAGAACUAGAUUAAACAUCGGCAUCAUCAAUCACACCAUCUACCAUAAUCUGGUGGUUCUACGACACAACGUUGAAACACCUUUCACCAAUCUAACAACCAUUAACGUAACUGCGGUUAACUCCAAUCUGACUAACUGCAGUUAUGUAACGUUCCAGAAUAAUGCCAUUUUGGUCACCAGCGUCCCGACAGCUACUUUCGUCAAUGAUACCUAUGAAAUACCACGCAAUGUGAUAACCAACGUUUUCUCUGGAAGUGCUUUGGUGUGCAACAACACUCUCUUUGGCCUGGUGAGAGGAGUUGAAGGCGAAGUGAUCAUUGCUGAUGCCUUCUCGGACUUUGUCGCUCCUGCCAGCUCAGCCCAGUUACUGCAAGGGCUCAAAGCAGUUAUUUUUGGAGGUUUUGCUUUGCUGCUGAUGUCCAAAAGUGUUAUCUUUUAAAUGAGAUUCAGGUUUUGGGGUCGUGUACUUUCCGGUUCAUUUUACCUUUUGACCAAACACAGUAUUUUUUCAUGUCCGCUGGUUUCUCGUAGUAAUUUAAAGUGUCUUCAUAAAUCUUAGCUUAAGACAUUGUAUUAUUUAUGUGAGUGUAAACAAUUGCGAGGUCAAUUCAGGGACAUGUUACCAAAUAAUUUAAAACGUUGAAACUUUCCUGUGGAACUUGAGGAGAAACAAUUUCCUGCUAUCUUGUUCAAAUAGUGUUUCGACAUUGUUCAACUAAUUACCUCGAAGUUCUCCAUGUCGGAUUGAUCUUUUUGCAAAUAUUUAAUCUGUUGUAAUAAAGUUUUCUUAACUAGUCA